UUUUAAUAACAGUCGCCGGGGAAAACAUGGCAAGGUCUUCGCCGGCAAAUAUUCCGGCCACUACUAUAGAUGAUUAUGCUCACAGUCCCGUCCACUACGCCGUCGUUGUAGGAGAUCACGCCGGUUUGACUCGUCUGGUUUCGUCUUUGCCUAAACUAACCGACCCGGAACAAAUCCACACCGAGUCCGACUCAAUGAGCCAAGAGCGAGUCGCGGAGAAAAUCUCCACCGUCAUCGACCGCCGUGACGUUCCCUUUGGAGAGACGCCUCUCCAUUUAGCCGUACGUCUCGGCGACGUUUUCGCGGCAAAGACUAUAUCUUCCGCCGGUGCUGAUAUCACGCUCCAAAACGCCGCCGGGUGGAACUCCUUGCAUGAGGCUUUGUGUCGUCGGAACUCAGAGAUCACGGAGGCAAUUCUCCGGGACCAUCACCGUUCGGCGUGGUGCAAAUGGAGACGGAGACUUCCUCAUCUCAUCGCCGUACUCAGCCGCAUGAGAGAUUUCUACAUGGAGAUAUCAUUUCACUUCGAGAGCUCCGUGAUUCCAUUCGUCGGAAAAAUCGCUCCUUCCGAUACUUACAAGAUAUGGAAACGCGGUGGAGAUUUACGCGCCGAUACUUCAUUAGCCGGAUUCGACGGUUUCAAGAUACGCCGCGCCAAUCAGAGCUUUCUCUUUCUUAGUGAUGGAGAUGAGUUUCUUGAUGUGUCUCCUGGUACGUUGCUUGUGUUAAACAGAGACGAUAAAACGAUCUUGAACGCUUUCGAAAACGCUAAAGAUCCGAUUAGCGAUAGCGAUAUAGCUGGCUUUUGUGGUCAAUCUAGCUUGUACCGUCCGGGGAUGGAUGUUACUAAAGCAAAGCUCGUUGAGAUUACGAAUUGGCGACGGCAAGCGAAGAUUGAAACUGUCGGAGAGUGGAAAGCUAAAGCUUACGAUGUCGAAAACGUUAGUUUUAGUUUUAAAUCAAGAAAAGUCGGAAAAGAGCAGGGUUUGCGUUUGGACGAGACUCGUCGGAGUGUGUCAGAACCGUUACGGCCGCAGAGGCGGGAGCAGAGGAGGAGAUCGGUUUCUUUACCGGAAGCGGCGAUUCUGGUGGCGAAUUCUUCUGUGGGGCGGAUCAAAGAAAAGGAGAUUGUGAAGAGUUUGCGUCCUUCGGUUUGGUUAACGGAUCAGUUUCCUUUGAAAACAGAGGAGUUGCUUCCGUUGCUUGAUAUUUUAGCCAACCAUGUCAAGGCUGUUCGGAGAAUGCGAGAGCUGCUUACCACCAAGUUCCCGGCGGGAACUUUUCCGGUCAAGUUGUCCAUACCGGUGAUCCCAACAGUAAAAGUAGUCAUGACAUUCAGCAAGUUCGUGGCUCUUCCACCGUUGGAUGAAUUCUACACACCGCUCUCAAGUCCAAAACAUCUAUUAGCUGCAAUGGAAGACCAACAUGACGUGCACGAUGAUGAAAAAUUAGAUAGAAGAAUCUCAAGUUCACGUCCAUCGUUUUCAACGCCUUCUUGGUUGAGACUGAACAUCAAUGCCACCGGCAAGAGCUCACGGCGGCGUUUGGUGGAUGAGGAACAAGUGGUGGAUCCAUUCACGAUACCAACAGGGUAUAAGUGGACUAGUAACUCAGAUAAUUCAGUCUACAUUCUCCACAUUUCCACUUAUCUUGCUCAUCCAAAAUCGGUCAUUCUCUCUUUAGUCUUUACCAAGAAGAGCUCCAAGAAUCAGAGGUACAUAAGAUAUUGGGAUCAUUAUAAAAUGGCGAGUGAAGCACCUAGUUGGGCGGAUCAAUGGGGGACCGGAGGAAUUGGGGUGAUGGCUGCGGAGGAGACAACUGACGGCAAAAAAGACGUCACCGGGAAAAAGUCCGGCAAGACCAAAGCAGGGAUUAACAAAGCCAAGAUUGUUGUAUUUAUUGGUGUCAAUUGGAUGAAGAAUCUUGUGCAGAGGAAGAAGAAGGAUUCUACUUCUUCAUAGAUAUAAAACAUGCUAUUGCUUCUUCUAUUUGAAAUGUCACAAUCUUCUAUGCUAUUAUUAUUCUUAAUUCUUUUAAAUGGUAUCUUGGAGUUCCAAUGGUGUGCAUCCCACGAAUGGAUUGAAAUUUUUUCAAUGUUCACAAUAUAAAAAUUGUCUGAUGGAUCCCGUAUAAUAUCCCUAUCCAAAGGAAGCAAAAGAAUAUAAAGUUGUAUACUAUAUUACUGUUACUUAUUGAUUUUUCAGUGUUUUUGGGUACUUGUUUC